ACUCUUUAAUGACUAGAAGGCUUACGUUCUCCAAGAUCAUGUCUCACUCAUAUCUUAUCUCAAGAUCACUUUCGGGCUACAUGUAUGUCAUUAUUUCUGGGUUCAGAAACAUUUCUGUCUUUUCCUGAAGCUCCUCUACAUACUCCUAGUAGUUUAGUUCUACUGAAAUGGACACAUUUGGGUAACCUCAUUGCCAAUUCAUAUCUUCCUGAGGGGUAGUAACACAUCGCACACGUUUUAGUAUCAGCCCUGAUAGUGUUACAAAACAAUACUUCAUGCUUCCUCCUCCCUCAUCACUAACGCAUCUGCUGUGCUCUCUGCUCUUGAUCUUGGCCUCUGAUUUUAUUGCCGCCCUCACCAAAUUCAAGUUAUCACCUCGCCUCUAGAAACCAUGGGAAAGACAUUCAAAAAUAUCCACGCUUGUGCCAUUGGCAGGUUCCCUGUCAACGGUGAUAAGAUCCAACAGUGGAUACGAGCCCAUGGAGGGACCUUUUCGAAGGACGUCACCGAGGAUGUUACGCACUUGAUUACCACCACGGAGACCUUCGAAAAGAAUGUCGAAGCAGAUGGAACAGUUCAAAAGGCCAAGCUUCUGGAAACAGUUAAGAUUGUAACCUAUGGCUGGCUCGAGGAUUCGUUGCAGUCAAAACUCCGUAAGCCGAAGCCCGAGGGAGCCUAUCUUUUGGCGAAUCUCCCGAACAAAGACAAAAAGAAACAGAGACGGGCCGCAAAGGUCCAGACGAGGCAGUUGAAGGCCAAGGACAAGUCAUCGGCGCCGAUGCUUCAAGAUAUUGACUGUAGUCAAGCACCUGGAAACGAUUCGUCUAACCCGAAGUCUCGAACCCGCAAGGGGAAGGCCUUAACAGCAGAUUCAAUCAAAUAUCAAGCGAACUAUCACGUAUAUGUUGAGCAGGGCACGGGGGAGACGUACAGCGCUACUAUCUACCGCCAAUUGUCUCGGAACAAUACACGCGAGAAAUUCCAGAUCAAGGUCCACGAGUCAAACGACAUGCCUCACACUUACGCGACGCAAGCCAAGUACAGUCGUACCGGAAAGUCCAUUGACGAGAUGCUCGCGCCUCCCGGCAGUGACCAGGACAGUGCCAUAGCAGCAUUCAGAGACUUCUUCGCGGCCAAGACGGGAAAGAAUUGGGAGAAUCGACUGGAUGGGUUCCCUAUGCCUCCGAAGAAGGAUGUUGAUGGAAAGGAACUUCCGGUCCAUGAGGGCUGGUUCUACUAUGAAACUGGUAGAUCUCUUCUUUCGAUCUUUCUUCGCCAAGGGGAAACUCGAAGUUGUGCAGCGGGCCAGGGUGCUGAGCAGAUUGCUGUCGGCUCGAACAGCGAUGAUCAUGGUCUCUUGACGCCGCCUGGUAUUAAAGACGGAUCUGUGGUAGAUCAACCCUAA